AUGGCCACCGACAGCCUCCCUUACGAAAUCAAGCGAAUGAUUUUCGACUAUCUUAACCUAUCAAUCGUAAAAGCCCUCCGUUUGGUUUCCAAGUCCUGGUCAAUAGUGGGAACAGAAUUUCUCUUUCCUGCUACUUACCACGUUCGCUCAUUCACAAAAGAUAUUCUCCGACUCAUUGAAAUCAGCCAAAGUCCAAACUUCUCCCACCAAUUCACUAAAUCCACAAAAGAAAUCACCUUCCAAAUCACGGACUGGCUUCCGGACAAACUACACGAUGAAAUUGGUCAUCGGUACACGACAUCGAGAUUUCUCGAAUUAAGAGGAUAUAAUCGACAUGUAACCACAGUCGAGGGAUAG